AUGCCAGGACUAAGUUUUGAGAACUUUCAAAGAAACGAGUAUCUGGUGAAUCAGGCUGGAUUCAAACCACCAAGAGCUACAUCGACAGGUACCACCAUUGUGGGCUGUCGAUUCAAGGAUGGUGUUGUUAUAGCAGCAGAUACUAGAGCUACGACAGGACCAAUUGUGGCCGACAAGAACUGUGAAAAAUUGCAUAGAAUAUCUCCUAAGAUUUGGUGUGCUGGUGCUGGUACUGCUGCUGAUACAGAGAUGGUGACACAAUUGAUUCAGUCCAAUUUGGAGUUGCAUUCGAUGUCUCUAAACAGAGAGCCUAGAGUGGUUUCGGCCAUGCAGAUGUUGAAGCAACAUCUAUUCAAAUACCAGGGUCAAGUGGGGGCAUAUUUAAUCGUGGCUGGUGUCGAUCCUACUGGACCACACUUAUUCUCAAUUCAAGCCCACGGUUCAACAGAUAUCGGAUACUACAUGUCUCUUGGCUCGGGUUCUCUAGCUGCCAUUGCAGUUUUGGAAAGAGACUGGAAGCAGGAUCUUAGUAAGGACGAGGCCAUGAAACUUUGUGCUACAGCUAUUCAGGCUGGUAUCUUUAACGAUUUGGGAUCCGGUUCUAAUGUGGAUAUGUGCGUGAUGGAGAUGGGAAAAGAUGCACAGCUGUAUAGAAGCUUUAUGACGCCAAAUGUUAGAGAAAAGAAGCAAAGAAAUUACAAGUUUGCCAGAGGGACUACUGCUGUGUUGCGUCAAAGUGUUUUCGAUAUAGUCGAAGUGGUCAAGGAAGAAGAAAUACCAGUGGGAUCUUCCGAUGCCAUGGAUGUUGAUCAUUAA